UAAGAACAGGAAGUGUUUAAAAUAUUUUAAAAAUAACAGGAAAUAUAAUUCAUUAUGAAUUGCGUAAUCUGUAUUCGAAUUCGGCAUCCUUUCAUAUAUAUAUAAAGCAGUCUGAAUGAGGGACAAUGCAAAAUAAAGAAGAUUUUCAUCAAUAUGAAGUCGAUUUUGAAGAUUCUUUUCAUUUUGACGACUUGUGCGUUGCUCAUCCACGCAACCAACCAGCGAUGCACCUCUUGUGGAAACUUAGGAGAAGGUAAAAAUCCAUGUUCCUGUAGUGAUGUAGUUGUGAAAGCUGCACAACUACCAAAACCAACAUAUUAUGCAUUACCGCAACAAAUCAAUGAAGCUGCAGCUGCACGUCGUGGUAUAUCAUUGAGUACAUCUCAAAGUACCAUUACCUCUGGUGCACAGGUUGAUAGUAACUCCACUCCUUGUGGCAGCAGUAGUUUAAGUAUUGAUAGUAAUGCAGAUAUUGUAAUCAAUGGUAACAGUGAUUCCACCAGCUACAGCAGCAGUAGUUCUUCAGAUACUUCUGGAUCAAUAGUUGCUUACGACAACGUUGCAACCGUGACUGAUACUAUCACUGAAAGUCAGUCUGGUGGUUGUGGUUGUAGCAAGCAAACCAUAGAAACUGUGGAAAUUGAUGAUUCACAGAGUUCCAAUGGCGAAAUUGUACCCAGCUUCCCACCAAUUGGUGACUUAUGUUACCCUCUCCCGGUUGAUUCUCGUACCGGUAAGAUAAUAGAAAAAACUACGAAAGUAGUGCCAGCAUAUCCUGGAAAAAUUGUGUGCCAAAAUUGUAUGUCAAGUCGAACAACUCCUUACCAAGUUUGUAUAAAUAGCCUUACCGGAGAAAUUCUAAGUACAAAGAUUAUAUCCAGCUCUUCGGAUGCAACAAGUGAAUCUGACACCGUGAUAUAUGAAAAUUUAAAUUCUGCAAUCACUGGCUUAGGCGCAUUAUCCAGUCCUUCAGAGACAAUAAGUAAAUCUCGCACCUUGAUAUAUGGAAAUUCAAAUCCUACAAUCACUGGCUUAGGCGCAUUAUCCAGUCCUUUGGAUGCAACAAGUAAAUCUGGCACCUUGAUAUAUGAAAAUUCAAAUUCUGCAAUCAGUGGCUUAGACACACUAUCCAUUCCUUCGGAGACAACAAGUAAAUCUGGCACCUUGAUAUAUGAAAAUUCAAAUUCUGCAAUCAGUGGCUUAGACGCAUUAUCCAUCCCUUCGGAGACAAUAAGUAAAUCUGGCACCUUGAUAUAUGGAAAUUCAAAUUCUGCAAUCAGUGGCUUAGGCGCAUUAUCCAGUCCUUCAGAGACAAUAAGUAAAUCUCGCACCUUGAUAUAUGGAAAUUCAAAUCCUACAAUCAGUGGCUUAGGCGCAUUAUCCAGUCCUUCAGAGACAAUAAGUAAAUCUCGCACCUUGGUAUAUGGAAAUUCAAAUCCUACAAUCAGUGCCUCAGGCCCAUUUAUUCAAAUUGCACCUGGAAAAAACGGAGUUGUGAGCCAAUCCAGAUCAUUUACUGGACCCAGAAUAACUUUACAUAAAAAUGCAAAUUCUGGAGUAUUUGGUGGCGCGUCUUCUACGCCGUACAAAUUACCUCUAGUAUAUGCUAAUUUAAAUUCUCCUAAUAGACAGAAACAACGUUCUAGAAUAACUUUAAGCAGUAGUUCUUCAGACUGUUUUGAUGACUCUGCUACCACAGGUGAAACUGAAGUAGAUUACUCGUAUCCAGCAAUACCAGCAGAUGCGGUAUCCCUUACUCUUGCGUAUAAAAAUCUUCGAGCUCCAAACGUAAUUUACAGACAGGGGAAACAAUUUAUACCUGAAGAUAAACUAUCCUUUGGACAUAGAACGGUGCCAAAUGAAGUGAAAACUCAAACAAAAAUUUCAAACAUCCCAGAAGAGAAACUUGUGACGGUUGAUAGACCUGUGGUAGAAUUAAAAGUAGCACCUGCAAGAACAGUUGUUAUUGGUUCCUAUGACGAACGGGAAGAAGCUAAACUUGCAGAACUUGAAGCAUUUGAACGUGAAAGCAUAACUCAAGAAGAAAAUGUAGAUCGCAUGUCAGAAAGCCUUCUUACCUAUAAGGAUCUGGGUUAUGCACCAGUAGGUACAACUUACAAACAAUUUGCAAAGUAUAAUGGAGCAGUGAGCUACAAUGGAGAAAUGAGCGACAGUGGAGAAGCACCGUGUGGUCCAUUAGGCCCACCUCUAUCAGAUUAUGUUCCAGGCAGAGUAGUAGUUCAACAAGAAGUUGUACAAGAAAAUGCUGAAACUUCUUUUAAUGGAGGAAUUAAUGAAAGUAUGGAGAUUAUAAAAUCUUCAAGAUCUGGAUCAUGUCCAACCUAAUUUUUUAAGUAAUGUAAUAUUCAAUCCUUUUCGUUCCAAAAAUGAAAUAAAUAUUUUGAUGAAAGGAUUGAGUAUUUAAAAAUAUAUGUAUUGUAAAAUAUACUCGAUGAUA